AUGAAAGACUCGUACCUCGCCAUCGCCUUCGGCACCGUCCUUCUCAUCACCUAUAUCAUUGACAACCUGCUCCAGGCGAAGAAAAAGAAUGCCGGACUCCUUCCCCUUCCGCCUGGGCCCAAGGGCCUUCCCUUCGUGGGAAACCUGCGGGAUAUGCCUACACCGGAGGUUCUUGCCGCUCACCAUUGGGCCAAACAUAGGGAUUUGUACGGCCCCAUCAGCACCGUCAGAGUGCUAGGCAACACACUGAUCAUCCUCAACGACGCUCAAGUCGUUUUUGACCUCUUCGAGAAGCAGUCUCUCGUGUUCUCAUCGCGGCCAAAGCAAUACUUUUCCUUCGAGCUGGUCGGCUGGAAGCAUGGAACGGGUGGUCAGCAGUACAACGACACGCUGCGCUACCACCGGAGAAGCUUUGCCCGCAUCAUCGGCACGCACGCGACGGCGAGUCAAUACAACAAACUGCAAGAGGCUGAAGUGGGCCAUUUCCUCUUACACGUCUUGGACGAUCCUGAGGGCUUCAGAGAGUACAUCCAGAAGUCAGUCAAGGCUUUCCCAUCGAUAAGAUACACGGAGAGACUGGCGAGUACAAGACUGACAAUCUCGGCGACUAGGCAAGCGGGUUCCGUCAUUCUGCAGAUUGUUUAUGGCUAUAACACCGAGCAAUCUAAGAAGGAUCCCCUUCUCGCCAUGAUGACCAAGGUGAUGGACGACCUUACCAAGUCGGCUGCUCCUGGGGCCUUUCUGGUGGAUAUCUUUCCAGCCUUACGUUUUGUACCGAGUUGGUUCCCCGCAACGGGCUGGAAGAAAAUCGCCAAGCGAAUGGCCUUCGACUUGAGGGAGGCUGUCGAAAAGCCCUAUGCCUUCGUCGAGAACCAAAGAGCUGAGGGCAACAACAGGCUGUCGUAUCUUUCGAAGCUGAUAGAAACGAGCGGAGAUACACCAGAAGAGAUGCAUCGCAACAAAUGGUCCGCGGCGUCCCUGUACGGCGGCGGGUCGGACACGACUGUAGCGUCCAUUGCAGCGUUCUUCCUCGUCAUGACUGUGUUUCCCGAGGUACAGCAGAAGGCACAGGCUGAGAUCGAUCGCGUGGUGGGGGCUGAACGGCUGCCGACGCUCGACGACCGUGAGCGUCUGCCGUACGUAGAUGCACUUGCGAAAGAGGUUCUCCGAUGGCACCCCAUCGUGCCGAUGGGAGUCCCUCACUCGAACUCAGAAGACGCCACCUACCGAGGUUAUCGCAUCCCCAAAGAUGCGAUCUUGCUCCCAAACAUCUGGUGGCUCACGCACGACCCGGCCGUGUAUCAAGAUCCCACGGAUUUCCGGCCCGAGCGGCAUCUGGAAGGUCAAGACAGGGAACCAGAGUUUGAUCCUCGUAGGCUCGUGUUCGGCUUCGGCCGCCGGAUUUGUCCCGGUAAAAUCCUCGCCGAAAGCUCGCUGUUUCUCAACAUCGCGCAGUCGCUGGCGGUGUUCGACAUUGCCAAGAAGGUCGUAGAUGGCAAGGUUGUCGAGCCAAAGGUGGAUUUCGAGGAUGGUUUGAUCAGUCAUCCAAUGGAUUUCGAGACAUCAAUCAAGCCCAGGUCACCCCGGCACGAGGAGUUGGUUCGGUCGAUUGAGCAGACGUUCCCGUGGAAAGAAUCAGAUGCGGAAGUCCUAGAGAGAAUGAAGGGCUAG